GUAUAUGUAAAGUGUAGUGCAGUGAAGCCAUGAGUCAAUUGUUUUAAUAUUUUAUUUUGAUUUCAAUAUUGAAUUCACAUUUGUUUUGUUGUUUAAAAACAUUUUGUGUUAAAAACAAAUUUAACUCCCGAUCGGUAACCACUAAUUAGCGGUCAAUUUUGAGUUUGUUUAUCCAGACAUUUAGUCACUACAUUAGUCUUAAACAUAGAGUAUGUCUCACUCUAUACUAUUGAUACAGACGGGCAAAGCCGACACCCGAACCUAUAGUGACUUUGAGUCGGUCAACGAUGCCAUGGAAGGUGUGUGUCAUAUCUAUGAACAGCACUUGAAGCGAACAAACCCCGACAUGCCGUCCAUUACAUACGAUAUCUCGCAGUUAUUUGAUUUCAUCGACCAAUUGGCUGACUUGAGUUGCUUAGUGUUUCAGCGAAACACUAAUACAUACGCGCCGUACGGCAAGGAAUGGGUCAAAGAAAAGAUCUAUAUUUUGCUCCGACGAGUGGCCAAUAAAACAUAGAAGAGGACAGAAAGAGAGAGAGAGAGAGUCUAUCGACGACAUGACUGUCAUACCGUCAUAUCUGCCAUCAAUACAUUUGUGUGUUUUUUAACGCUAUCUUUUCAAUAUUUUUUGUUUAUAUAUAUAUUUUCCUCAUUUGCAUAACAAUCUCUAUAAAUAUACACUAAUUGUUUU